AAAUUGAACAGUGAUGGAAAACAAAAAUAGAUGUCAUAUUCCGCAUUCUAUCGAAUAAAAGACGUAGUUAGUUUUAAUAAAAUUCUUUCUACUAAAAGUUAGCAUUUAGAUAUUAAUAACCUCGCUUGGCGGCAUUGAAGGUGAAGAUGUACGUUUUUACAAUGGUGAUCAUUGGCAUAAUAUUGCACACCGUCAAUUCAUGUCCAAUGUUAUGUAGAUGUUAUGCAAAAUUAGUAUAUUGCAACAAACAAAAGAUUCUAACGGAAGCAGAUAUUGACGCGAUUGGACCAAAUAUACCGUUGGAUAUCAUUGACCAUUAAAAACUAUGUUGCGGAUGAACUUGUGGUAACAUCGUUUCCCAUUUUAACUAAGCUAAGUCAAUUCCAUGUCAGUAAUAGCAAUAUAUCAAAGAUACCGAAAGAAUUAUCCAAAAAAAUGCCUGCUUUAACAUCUUUAUCUAUAUACGAGAGCAAGAUAGAAGUUGUCACUAAAGAAGAUUUUGUUGGUCUGCAAAAAUUGAAACGAUUAGAACUUCGAGAAAAUGGUUUGAAAAAAAUUGAAGACAUGGCUUUUUCUGAAUUACCGAACCUAAUUUAUCUGAAUCUUGAAAAAAACCUAAUUCAGAGCAUUCCAGAGUAUACUUUUGCUAGUAACAGUUCCUUACUUCGAUUAAAACUGAGAAGAAAUAAAAUAAACCACUUGUUUUCAAACUCCUUUGACGGCCUUAGAAAGUUGACAUUUCUAGAAUUGGAAGAAAAUAAAAUUGAAAAUCUACCCACUGGUCUUUUCAGUGCAUUGUCAAGCAGCAACUUGAUGAUACAAUUGAACAACAAUAAGAUUAAAAAGAUUCCAAAUGGAUUGUUUUCCAAUCAAGCGUCACUUUAUUCAAUCUUGGUUAACGAAAACGAAGUAUCUGAAAUUGGGGAUAAAGCUUUUGUUGGAAUAACCUUCACUGAUGGGAUUGACCUGUCUAGCAAUAAGAUCAUUUCCAUUAGUGCCAGUGUUUUUGAAAAGGCUUCUGUUCCAGCUAUGUUAUUGGCAAAAAAUCCUUUGAAAUGUGAUUGUGGUUUCUAUAAAAUGUUGGCAGUUAUUCAAGAAAGUUCUAAGAAACCGAUGUUGCGUGGUACUUGCAGUCUACCAGUAAUGUUAUCCGGAUUACCUAUCAGCAAUUCUUCUGCUAUUAGGCAAAGUCAAUGUUCUGCCUGCCAUUUGAACGCCACGUGCAUGAACAAUGGUAGAUGUGUUUCAUUUAGCAUGACCAAUUAUACUUGUGAAUGUACGGAUGGUUUUAAGGGAGAACGAUGCCAAACGAAGAUAUCUAGCACAUUCAAGGGAGUAAAAGAGUUGGUUCUACCAUUGGUCGGUGCUUUUUUGGCAAUAAUUUUUGUUAUCCUUGUCAUUGCUUUUUUUCAUUGGUACAUCCGACGUUCUGCGGUGGGUAACAGGUCACAAAAAAAUUAUUCAGCAAUAAACACAUAAGUGAAAACUUUGAAAUAUGGCAAACGUUAAACGAAUUUCAUUAUAAACGAUUGUUUUUUUAUUCCAUUUAGUUAAAAGUUGCCUAUUUAAUAAUGGUAAAUAAAUCUAGAUAGGUAGGUAGCAUUGCAGCUUUAAAAAAAGUAUUUUUUGUGUCUUAUUAAACACCAAUAUAAGAUUAAUCAUUACCUUUUUUUAAUUCUUAUAUUUUGUAUACGAUUAUGUUAAUCAUAAAAUUAAUGAAAAAAGUAUUGCAUUUAUUCAUUCUUUAGAGAUUCGCCACUCCCCUCCUUUAUAAUUUUGGACAGGCUUGUCCAAAUUGAAUCAAAGUUGCCACACUUAUAGUACAUUAAGAAAGAAACAAAAUGCCAGCAUUAAAUUCUUGCUUAUGUCAGCACUUUUUCUG